ACCCGUCCUGGUCUCAAGUAGGAGGAAGCUCGUGUGCUGCACCCGCAGCUGAUCCGGGCGCCUGGUGGAGGGCGAGAUUGGAGCAGAGCUGUCGGGUGCCGUAGCCGAGGCGAGCACCGCGCACACCACCGGUCGGAGCUGCUUGGGUGAGCUGCUGCGGUCCGUAGCCAAGCAUGCUGUGGUUGGCUCUGCCCAGCUGUGGAACAGAAACGUUUGCUGGAUGGAAAAUCCAUAAAAGAAAGCUGCUGUGAAAGCCUGAGACAGACCAUAACUUAAGCAAAAUCAGAUAUAUUUGGCCUGCCUGACCUCAAUGAGUGGUUGUUAUUAACAAGAUUCUGUGGGAAAAGGGAACUUGCCUUCUGAGCUUUGUACCAAAGACCUGGGAAAACCAACCCUCUCAGUCUUUCCUGAGCGCUUGGAAACUGCUGAGGCCCCUGCCAGUGUGCCGACCGGUCGCUAUGGGCAGACGGUACCCGGAGGCUCCCUGUCGUCCAGGCAGCUCCUAUUUCAAAUUAUAACCCAUUUCCUGCACCACUGCUGACGUCCAGUGAUCCAUGUCAGAAGUACUUCCAGCUGACUCAGGUGUAGACACGUUGGCAGUGUUUAUGGCCAGCAGCGGAACCACGGAUGUCACGAAUCGGAACAGCCCGGCCACACCCCCGAACACCCUUAACCUCCGCUCCUCCCACAAUGAACUGUUGAACGCUGAAAUCAAACACACAGAAGCCAAGAACAGCACACCCCCCAAAUGCAGGAAAAAAUAUGCACUAACUAACAUCCAGGCAGCCAUGGGCCUCUCAGAUCCAGCAGCCCAGCCCUUGCUGGGAAGUGGCUCGGCCAACAUCAAGCUGGUGAAGAACGGGGAGAACCAGCUCCGGAAGGCUGCAGAGCAGGGGCAGCAGGACCCCAACAAAAACGUCAGCCCCACUGCAGUCAUCAACAUAACUUCUGAGAAGUUAGAAGGUAAAGAGCCCCACCCACAGGAUUCCUCGGGCUGUGAAAUUUUACCCUGCCAACCCCGGCGAACCAAGAGCUUCCUCAAUUACUAUGCAGACCUGGAAACCUCAACCAGAGAACUGGAGCAGGACUUGGGCGGCCAGCACGGGGCUGGGGAAGAGAAGGCCGCGCCGGGCCAGGGCCAGGCCUCCACCGUCAUCGGGAGCGGAGAUGUGCUGCUGCAGAAACCCAACAAACCCCAGUUCAGCCCUGAAGACGGCCAGGUAGCCACAGUGUCAUCCAGCCCGGAGACCAAGAAGGACCAUCCUAAAACAGGGGCCAAAACGGACUGUGCACUACACCGGAUCCAGAACCUGGCGCCCAGCGACGAGGAGUCCAGCUGGACCACACUGUCCCACGACAGCGCCUCGCCCAGCUCCCCGGACGAAACAGCAGAUAUAUGGAGUGAUCACUCCUUUCAGACCGACCCAGAUUUGCCUCCUGGCUGGAAGAGAAUCAACGACGUCGCCGGGACCUAUUAUUGGCACAUACCAACAGGAACGACUCAGUGGGAACGCCCUGUCUCCAUCCCUGCCGACCUUCAGGGCCCCAGGAAAGGGUCACUUAGUUCUGUAACGCCAUCUCCCACCCCAGAGAAUGAGAAACAGCCAUGGAGUGAUUUUGCUGUUCUGAAUGGGGGAAAGAUUAAUAGUGACAUUUGGAAGGAUUUGCAUGCAGCCACAGUUAACCCAGACCCCAGCCUAAAGGAGUUUGAAGGAGCAACACUACGCUAUGCAUCUUUGAAACUCAGAAAUGCCCCACACGCUGAUGAUGAUGAUUCCUGUAGUAUCAACAGUGACCCAGAAGCCAAGUGCUUUGCUGUGCGCUCCCUGGGAUGGGUUGAAAUGGCAGAGGAGGACCUCGCCCCCGGGAAAAGUAGUGUUGCCGUCAACAACUGCAUCAGGCAGCUUUCCUACUGCAAAAAUGACAUCCGGGAUACAGUCGGCAUUUGGGGAGAGGGCAAGGACAUGUACCUGAUCCUGGAGAAUGACAUGCUCAGCCUGGUGGACCCCAUGGACCGCUCCGUGCUCCACUCCCAGCCCAUCGUGAGCAUCCGCGUGUGGGGCGUCGGCCGUGACAAUGGCCGAGAUUUUGCUUAUGUAGCAAGAGACAAAGAUACAAGAAUUUUGAAAUGUCAUGUAUUUCGAUGUGACACACCAGCAAAAGCCAUCGCCACAAGUCUCCACGAAAUCUGUUCCAAGAUUAUGGCCGAACGGAAGAAUGCCAAAGCCCUGGCCUGCAGCUCCUUACAGGAAAGGACCAACGUGAACCUUGACGUUCCCUUGCAAGUAGAUUUUCCAACACCAAAGACUGAGCUGGUGCAGAAGUUCCAUGUGCAGUACCUGGGCAUGUUACCUGUAGACAAACCAGUCGGAAUGGAUACCCUGAACAAUGCCAUAGAAAGUCUAAUGACCUCAUCCAACAAGGAGGACUGGCCAUCGGUGAACAUGAACGUGGCUGAUGCUACCGUGACUGUCAUCAGUGAAAAGAAUGAAGAGGAAAUCUUAGUGGAAUGUCGUGUGCGAUUUCUGUCCUUCAUGGGCGUCGGGAAGGAUAUCCACACCUUUGCCUUCAUCAUGGACACUGGGAACCAGCACUUUGAGUGCCACGUCUUCUGGUGCGAGCCGAACGCCGGGAAUGUGUCCGAGGCGGUGCAGGCCGCCUGCAUGUUGCGAUACCAGAAGUGCUUGGUAGCCAGGCCACCUUCACAGAAAGUUCGGCCACCUCCUCCGCCAGCGGACUCAGUGACCAGAAGAGUCACAACCAAUGUAAAACGCGGGGUCUUAUCCCUCAUUGACACUUUGAAACAGAAACGCCCUGUCACAGAAACACCAUAGCUGCAUAUGGUAAAGGAUUCCGUAAUACUCACCUGAAGGUUGAAGAGCUACACUAAAGAAGAUGAACUGAUAUCCGGCCUUCCAUUCGGUUGCUGAUGCUUUGUCUUCAGAGAACUUAUCCUUAACCAAACAGUGUUAGACAAGCAUGUUCUCUCGUCUUGCCACCGUCAUGUGAUAUGAAAAGAAGCAUGACUAAUUUUUUUUGCUGUAAGUUACACCAUGAGCAGUGGAAGGUCUUUUUCUUCUUGUAAAUAUCGUGAACAUUACUUAACUUCACACACACAGAGAAGAAUGUGGCCACACCCCUCCUAAUGAACUGAUGCUGAGUCCUUGGAGUGAUUGAUGCCUGAAUUAGGUUCGUCAUCUUCUUGACUGGAUCUGUCACAACAACUUUUAAGUCCUACAGCACUUUGCCCUGUUUUCAACAUUGGAGUGGACACUGUAUACCACAUGCCAUUGAAAUGCUAUAAAAAUAGGAUGAUGAGUUUUUGUUUUAGUUACUCAUAAUGUUGAACCUUUUGGUUGACAAAAUUGGCUGUUGGCAUCAGUGCGGAGACCACCUGGCGGCUUUCCUUGACGAGCUCUGACACACAGGCACCGUUUCAUGUCUACAGCUGUUGUGGGGUAUUGGAAAAAGGGAAACUUCAAAAUUGAAAACAGGCCAAAUUUCAGAAAUUAAAAUCAAACAAAAAUAGCCUUUCUUUUCAGAUGGUUUUCAAACUGAUUGAGAAAAAGAGAGAUUUACAAAGUCAUAAUGCAUUUUGGGUGGGACAUCCUCAAACUUCUGCCUUAUAUUGUACAAUGCAGCUAGAGAAUUGAAGUUCACUAGGGCCGUUCUCUACAUAAACAACAUGAAAUGAAAUAUUCCUUGUAAGCCUUUUAUCCUUAGUUCAAUAAUUAGCCAUAUGCAAUUUGCAUUUGAGAAAAUGUCAUCUGUAUUUUAGAUUGUCACCAUGAUGUUAUUUUCUUGGUCCACCUCCUAAGUAAACGUUCUGCUAGGGUUCUGCAUCUAGCUCAGUCUUCCCCUAAUGCUUUUUGUCCAGGAAGCUGUCUGUCCAUCAUGUAUUUUCCAUGGCAACAAAUUGCAUUAAAUUGAACCUGCUUGAAUUUUUGUAUUUACUAUUAGAAUUUGUUGGACCCCACUAGAUACACUUUUAAAUUUAUAUUUUUUUGUUACAUUUUCAAGAGUAAAAAAUUUCAUAUCAAAGCAAAAUUUACAUAAGGGCAAUGUACUAUUUAAUAAGUUUCCCAAAACAAGCGCUUUCCUGCUUCUCCGUCUAGAUAUGAAACUUCGCUUUAAGAUUCACAGACUUAGACCCUUAGAUCCAUUGUUUUCCAAGUGAAUUUGCUAAGGAGAUCAAUCUAAACUUUAGUCUUGUUUACUUUUAAUGUCAGAAUUAACACUUUACAACAUCUGGUGAUCAAAAUAACUGCUUUAUGUUUAUCUGCUACGUACUUAUCAGACGGUUUUCACAUUCUUAUCACAUUUGAGCCUUAUAAGGUAAAGAAGGUACUAAACACAUUUGAGAAAUAAAAACAUAAAGUACCAAGACACUCAGUCCCCUAGCCUCAGGUCUCACAAAGUUAGGACCCACACUUACCAACUCCCAGUUUUAAGUUACGCUGCUUCCACUCCCACGAGGAGGCUUUACGUGUUCCUCUCGGCAUAUCCAGUUACUGUCCAGAAAUGUUAGAAUUUCCUGUAUAGGCAGGGAAUAUGUCCAAAUUCCUGACACAGUGGUAAGAAUUGCAAACCCUUGCUUUCUCUCAGUCCAGGACUAUUUUCGUGCAGCGCGCUCAGAGAUGUUGUAGAGGACAGGAGUCUAUGUGCAGUACAGCCUGUUCAACCCACGAGAUUUUCCAGAGAUGAUGGGUCCUGGGGUAGAGGCCUUCUACCUCCGUUCUCUUAGAAUUCUGGAAUUGUUGCUAACACCCUGGUGUUAGCAAAAAAAGAUGCCACUCUAGACAUGAGUUACACUUCUCACCAGCCUGUAUACUUCUAUCUGAAGUAACCAAUACCACCUUAAGAAGUUACUGCAUUAAGAAAAUUCUCUCUGUGCCCUAUGAAAGCUGUUUGAAAUUCAGUCAUGAUCAUCUUCCGUCUUGAUGUCCACGGUGAAACAUUUUAGAAUGAUACCCUUCAAAAUUCUGAUCAACUAAUACACUGUUAUGUUGGAAAUCUCUACCGGCACCCCCUGUUCAUUUUUUAAGGCAUAUGUUUGUUUUCAGGAUUAAGAAUACUGAGCUAGCUUUCAGUAGCAAACUGAUUUAUAUAUGCAAUUACUAGGAUACAUUAAGAUGAACGAUAGCCUCUACAUAUUGAAAACCUUACUGCAGAUACUUUGUUUUGAAAAUAGCUUUGCAUACUAAAUGCGAUUUUGUAAAAAUAAUUAUGUUAAACAGUAUGUUCACUUUCUGCCAUGGCCAAAAAGUAUGUCUGAAAGUAUGUGUGUAUUUUUUUGUGAAAGGAUGCCAGUGUUUUACCUGAUGUUGCAGUGACACUUCAGUUACCUAUGCAUUCUUCAUGUCUGUGACUCGGUAAACAGGCAGCCACGCUCACUAUGCCUUGUAUGUCUUAUCAUUUUUUUAAUUAACUUGUUAAAUACAGCUUAAAAUAUUUUUAUUUAUUCUAUUUUUACUGAAAUAUACUGCAUUAUUGUGUUAAUGUAUUAUCUUUACUGGAUAUUAUCUCAGUGAACUAUAUACUUUGCCUAAAAGGUGGUUUUGUAAUGAUUUGUAGUCACAUUUUUAUUGGAAUAUGUAGAAGAAAAGGCAAAAAGCUUAAAGCUCCUUUUAUUUUUUAAAAGCAGCCAGAUAGACACAGACUCGCCACCUCAUAUACGUGCUCCUUGGCAGCAUCAAGGGGAAUGGCCAACAUGCCUAUGGCUUAACUUUUUACUUUGCAAAUGAAAGCGCUGCUUGGUGCUUCACUUUUAUAUCUUCCACAACAUGUGUGGUCUCAUCUAAAAGAUAAACACAUGUCCCCCUGCCCUUUGUUUCCACCCACAGCUAAUUAGAACCAUUGUUUUUUGUUUGUGUCUUACUGCAUGAAGGGACAUUAGAUUCAUUUCCAUUAAAAUAAGUUCUUGCUGAUAACCUGUUGGCACUGCUACGUUUUUUAAAAAUCCACUUUAUGAUUUUAUGAUGGUCAUUGGUAUGAUUAUUCUACAGAAGGUCAUUUACUAAAAGCCCUAUACUUUUACUCCUUUUCUUGUAUGACACACUCAUUUUCAUAAGUGUUGCACCCAACACAAAUUCAAGAUUUCAUAAACAACAUGAAGGACAUUUCCCUCAUAUUUGCACAAUUAACCUAGUAAAACUCUUCACUCUCUGGUUUGCCAGGCUUACUUACCCUAGCACACAGCUGACAGGUGUAUUAUAGAGCCAGUAAAAUGAAGUUUAUUUCAGCUUCAGGGAAAAGAUACUGCUCACACCUCCUCAGUGAGAGCACCCCCUGCCACCCAAAGCAGCUCAUUUAUCCUGAAAGAACAUUUGGUUUUGCUUUCUGCCCAUUUUGCUGUUGACCACUUUUACACAUUUAAAUGUA